GAAAACCAAACUGCAUAAUAUUCUGUCCAGUCUUCUCAAUAGAAUUUCGAAAAGUCAGGAUUAUUCAAUAUAAUCUAGUUGUUAUAAUUUAUUAUAGUUGUUUUCGUUUGUUUCAUUAGAGCUGUUAUUUUUGGGUACUAGUGUAUUAAUAUUUGAUUGAGUGUAACUGAAAACUUUAUGGGACAUUCAUGGACGGGGUCCUAUAAUACGCCCGCCACAACUGCAACAAACAUGAAACAAAGUUAAUUAGUAAUUUGCGAGCAGCUGGGUACAUGAGAAUGUGAUGAAUUUUGUAAUAUUUUAAUUAUAAUAUAUUAUGCUCGUCGGUUAAUAUGGAGUCGCCGCUCUCAGAACCGGUGACGCCGUCGUACUAUUCUGUGUUGAAACCUGCACAUGAAGACAGUGGAUACCACACAUCAUUCACACCUGAUUCCACAAUAUGCUCAAAAAAAGUGAUUAGAAGUUCGCCGAUUGUUACAUCAAAGAUUUAUAUCACAGGUCAAAUUCAACUUGACUACUAUUCAGAGUCAAACCAUCCCCUGGAGCGAAGAUUACUUACUUCAAAUGUUACACCUCCAAGUGAACAUAGUAGAGAUGUGCUAGUUAGACGUGGUGUAAAAAGAUCACAUCCAGAAAAUGAUGAAAAUUUAAAUGUCAAUUGCAACUCUGUUGGUACUCCUACAAGUGGUAUAACAGGCGAAAUACAAAGAUUGGACGUCAAUGAGUGUAAAUCGAGCAACUAUUCAAGACAUUGUAUAACUUUUGAGCACACAAAGAAUAUUAGUGAACCAUACAAUUAUGAGAACUAUGCCCCAGCUUUGUCCCACCCAACAACCCCAGUGAAAAAUAAAUGCACUGUCAGUUGCAACUUAAGUCCAUUUCGUCGUAAAAAGUUUGCUAGAAGAGUUGACUUUGUUAUACACUCUCUUUCUUGUGAAAAGAAAGCUCUACAACCUGUUAAACUGAAUGUAACAUCUAUUCAAAGACCAUUGAAAGUUUUUGAAAAUAUACCAAACCAAAAUGAAGACAUAAUAACUAUGUUACAUAAAUUGAAUGAACUGGUCCCAAUGAGGUUAAUAGUAAGUUACUUAUCCAACCAAGAUAUAUACAAUUUUACUUUAGUGAGUCCUACUUGGCUGGAAGCAUGGGAAUUUGACAUUGGAAAGAAUAACAUAAGUAAAAAGAGAUUCAUGAAGUAUAUGGAUGCUGUAAAUACGAACAGAGAGAAUUGGUUAGGUGGCACAGUACCACAACUUCCUGGUUGUAAUCGAGUAAGAACAUUGAAGGAAAUAAAUGGUGACUCAACUCCUCAGGGUAGGAGCCCUCCCACAUCACCAAGGACAAAUAAAUUUAAAAAGUUUACAAAGGCAGCAUCAUUGGAUUCACGCACACAACUCUCUUGUAUUCAGUGCCAGCAUCCUGCUAAGGUUACAAAAGAGGAGUCAGGUGAAGUAUGGGUACAGUGUGUCAAUAUAACUUGCUCUUGCCAGUUUUGUGCACUCUGUAAAAGUAAAAGACAUCCAGACAAAAGUUGUAUACAAUAUGGCCUUACAGAUGCUAGUCCUUCAAAAAGAAAAAGAUGUCAAUAUUCAAUCAGUUCAAAAAAAAGUAAAAAAAACUUGUCUAGAUUGCUAGCAUAACGAUUCUCAAUUUCAAUUCCAGUGUAAUCCAAAGACAAAUGAAGAUAUUAUUUUAAAUUGAAUGUUUGUAUGAAUUAGUAUUCCAUUUUGAAAUAAAAAUAAUUUUUAAUAUGCCUAUGGUCUGACAAAGUGCCAUUACUCUAUUUAUAUUAUGAGAUUUUUGCAUUUAAAGUUAUUUUACUAUAAGUAUUUACAAUGUUCUCUGGUGAUAAACAAUUCAGUACCUCAGUCAUUAUCAGUUGUUACUUUGUGUGUGUUUUAAUUUUAGGUGGUAAUAAUGCUAUAUAAGUAUUAGGUAAUGAAUAAAAAUGCUCAAAAUAGUUUAAAAUACUGAUUAAUUAAAUUGUUGGAUAUAAACAUAAAGACAAAUUCAUGAUCAUGCUUUCCAAGAAUAUUAACUAUAUUUAUUAACAAACUCAUUUUAAUAUUAUUAUGUAUAAUUAAUGACAUCACCUUGCUCCCAACAGUUUCAGUAAAGUUCUUUUAACUAUAGUACUUUGGAGAGGAAUCUUUAGUAACUAUUUACCAUUUGUACAGUUUUAGUAUUUUAGAAAAAAAUCCACAAUACUCCGAACUAUUACUCUCUAUUAUGCUUCUCUAUAAAUUUAGGAAAUUUUACAAGUAAGUUCACACAACAAUGUUAGGUGUUAAAUUUUAUAUUAUCUUUUUUAUGAAGGGUGAAUUAAAGUUCUUAAGGUAAUCUCUUAAUUUGCAUUCCAAUUGUUGUUUUUAAAUUCAUAAUGACUUCAAUUUGCGAAAUUUAAAGAUUUUAUAAUGUAUUUUUUAAGUUAGUAUUCUAAUAUCCAUCCUUGACAUUUUUAAUAUGUUAAUCAUUACUGUGUUCUAAACAUAUAGUUAUAACUUACAUAUAUACAGUGGACCCCCAGUUAUCCGACAAACGUUUUUCAGGGCAGGCAGUGUCGGACCAUCGAAUUUGUCGGAUUAUAGAGUGCUGCCUAAGGGUCCCCUAUAGUCCGGAUUUUUUUUACAAAAGAUUAUCUUGUAAUCCGACAAAUUACAGAUCCAGUGAUAAGAUUCUUUGUUAUAUAUGUAUGUAUGUAUAUGCACUCUGAAGUAUAUUGUCAAAAAAAUAUUCAAUAAUAAAUAAUAGACCUUAUCGGAUUACAAGGGGGGCCGGAUUACCGCGGGUCUACUGUAUUGAUAAAGCCAUAAUUAGCGAUUUUGCGCAGUAUUUAAACCACCGACAAACAUUGCAUUAAUAUUUUAAAUUAAUUAUAAUAAAUAAUUUAGUCAUAAGUGAGAAAAAGGGGAUUGUGUGACAAAGUUGAAAAAUUUUUUUUAUAGGAUAUCUAGACUUGAUACUUACUGGCCACCAGCUAUCUGGUUUUAGUCGGCUGUUAUUAUAAUAUAAAGAAAAUUGAUUGUGAAAUUUGUUUUGAGGUAGUGUGUUGUUGUAGUUUGAAUUGUUAUGUGGAUGAAUAAAUAAGAUCUGCACUCAAUUUACGUUUUCUGAGGCAUCAUAGAAUAUUGAAACGAAAACAAACGAGACCUCAAAUCUAGUUUUCCAUAUAUCCUCUAUACCGUUUCCUUUCUCUAGAAUUUAAUAGGUAUUUAUUAUUACUUUUAUCUAAUACCCAAUUUUUCUGUUCUUAAAGACAUUUGAAACCGGUAAGGCAAAAAGUGCAGUACAAAAUGUACCACUAAUGGUAACAUAUCAACCAAUCCGAAUCCGGCAAGUACCAAGAAGUCAAUAGAGUACAGAAACUUGCCUUGUAGUAUAGUGUUUGGCGUCAACCCGAUAUUAUGCUGUUUUUAGAACAGAAAAUAAUUAGGUAAUAUGUGUCUGUUAUUUCUAUAAUUCUGUGAAUGUCUGGUUGGACAGUUGGGAAACGCAUUUAUUCCACUAACUUCAAUACUUUUGUAUUAGAAAAGCAAAAUAAUCCUUAUAUUUAUAAUUACGUAUCAAUGACAUCCUAUGUAGCUAUAUCCACGCUAUUGAACGAACGGGGAAACCAUUGAACGGAUGACGAAACUUACUAAAAAGUCGUUUCGGUUUUAAACUCAUAUUUUGAAACUACUGUUUAGUUUAGUUUACAGGGCCUAACAAAAACUAAAAUUUAACUUAGUUUUCGAACAAAAAUUUAAAGAAUAUAUUAGUUCACUCGUAUGAAAGGAGAAACAUAUAUAAGCUUGAAAAUCAUCCAAUCUCUGCGACAUACAUUAUAAAAUAAAGAUUAUAUUAUUUUUCCAAGACUUUUAAAUUAAAUGAUUUGAAAUUUUGACAGUUUUACCUUUAUAAUUUUCUAUUAAAACUAACUCAAUAAAAGUUAAAAGCUCUCAAGAGGCUGUAUUAGGCAGAUAGCGACAUUCCAAUAUUUUUUAUUAAUUUACAUUGAAUAUUUAUAUGCAAAACUUCUGGUUUGAAGAUAAGCUUUAACUAUUAAAAACUACACUGUUGUUAUUACCACGUUCAUUACAUACAAACUGUAAUAGAGUAAAUGCAAAGUGAAAUAUUAUUAUUUUUUUUACGAAAACGUGAUGUAAUUAUAAUCACCGAUAUAAUUAGUCAAAUCGUUAAACACUAGGCUCACUGCAAAGCUAUACUAUUUUUUAAAACGCUCUAAAAUUUUGUACUAUAAAUUACUAGAGGAAAUAGUGGUUAUGGAAUUACGUUAAUUUUGUUGUACUUUGUAUAAUCAGAAGAAACAUUGUAUAAGAAUUCAUUAAAUAAAAUAUGUAGUAGUAUUAUAAAAUAGCAAUUUAAAAUUGCUACGUUAUAAAGGAAUAAUACGUCUACUUAAUUGUAUAUUUAUUUUUAAUCAUUGUAUUUAUAAGGUCUUACCUAUCACAAUACAGUGUCUACAUUGACUGCGUGU